AUUCGCAACCGACACGACGCUCACACGCAAGCAUACACACUCAGUGUCACACCGUCCGAGCCGACAGACGAUAUCAUGGCGAGGCAGCAGCAGCUCAUCCUGACCGCCGCGAUGAUCUUGUGCUGCUGUGGUGGCGGCCUCAUUGUUUCCGCGCUCGAUCUCAACAAACUGUACGGGCACAUACACGCGAAAAGGAACAUAGGAGAACCGUGUCACCCAUAUGAACCAUUCAAAUGUCCUGGAAACGGCGCUUGUAUUUCUAUUCAAUAUUUAUGUGACGGAGCACCCGAUUGUCCAGAUGGUUAUGAUGAAGAUGCCAGACUUUGCACUGCGGCUAAACGACCACCGGUUGAAGAAACAGCAAGUUUUUUACAGUCACUUUUAGCUAGUCAUGGACCAAACUACUUGGAAAAAUUAUUUGGCAGCAAAGCCAGGGACGCGUUGGAACCAUUAGGAGGCGUCGAAAAAGUUGCAAUCACUCUCUCUGAAUCACAAACAAUCGAGGACUUCGGUGCUGCUCUCCAUCUAAUGAGAUCUGACUUGGAGCAUUUGCGUUCGGUAUUCAUCGCCGUCGAGAACGGCGAUAUCGGCAUGUUAAAGAGCCUGGGCAUCAAAGACUCUGAACUAGGCGAUGUGAAGUUUUUCCUCGAAAAGCUAGUCAACACCGGCUUUCUAGAUUAAUUUACUAAAAAAAUAUCGGAUUUGUAUACAAUUAUAAUAUCCUCUGUAAUUUUCUAUUCCUAUUUAUAUUACCUACCUAUAUACGAAUAUCCAUCCAAGAUUUAAAAAAAAAAUAAUAAUAUUAUUUCGUCCACUCCUUUCGUCAAUAAUUCCACGGUAUUCCAAACAUAACUUCCCUAAUUAUUUUCGGUCAAUUAAAACGAACUUUAUAAUAUAACAUUAUACUAUUUUAAUCGUAUACAUUCGGUUUUGAAUCACCUAAUACAUAUCAAAAAUAAAGCUAACACUAUACAUAUCAUAUCAUGUACAACUUUAAACAUAUCUUUUUAAUAUUAAAGUUUAUUAUUAUUAUUAUUAUUACUAUUAAUAUUAUCUAGUUAUACAAAAUGUAUUACAUUAAAAAUAUAUCAUUAUAAAUAUGUGUUGAAUAUAUCUUUUGUCUUAAACAACGCGUGCCCAAUGAGCCAUUAUAAUACGCCAUAUUUGUUUUCUUAUUUGUUUAGCUACGCAAUUUUAUUCCCGGUUUUUGCUUGUUUAUUAUCGCACAUUAUUAAGACGUACGACUUUUUCAUAAUAAUAUUAUUAUAAUUACAUUUUAAUCUUAAUUUAUUAUAAGUAACUUUUUACGGCCCGACUCCGAGAUUCAAUUAGUAUACGGACAAGCAUAAUACAUAUUUUGUAAUACCUGUUCAUCUUAAAUACGUGAUGUAGGUAGGUAUUGGUUAUAAUAACCGACACGCUGAGUAUUUUACCGCAUCGCCUAGUGCGUCUUCUAUACGGCGUUUAAGUUGUUUAUAUCAUUAUAUUAUUAUAUAUAAGUACCAGUGUUUCUUUAAAACUUCAUUAUUACUACUAUUCUUACAAAGUUUUUAAAAAUAUCCAUUCUUAUACAUUGUUUAAUGUACACGCAUCAUCAUUGUAUUAGUACGAUUUUUCAACUACCGUUUCAUAAUACAUAUAACACUUAAUGAGCGACAUAUAAUUAUUCACAGGGUGUUUCAGCUAUAUACCUAUGAUGCACAAAAGUAUGCAUUUUAAGUGUCCGACGCAGUAUUCGUCUCAGUAUCGGCAAAAAAAGAUUAUAGUAAAAGCCACAAAUUGGUAUAAUUUCAAAUGCAGACGAGCGCUACCUAUACCUUGCUAGUAUAUUAUAUUUUUAUCGACAACGUGCGAUAUUUUUUCUUCUGUAAUAUGAUUUUAACACGGGAUUAGCUAGUUUUCAUCUUAAGAUUAUUAAUUGAGUAUAUCUGAUAAAAAAAAAAAAUAAUUUUCUUUUACACUUACAAAUACGAAAUAUCAUAACCUCUGAAACACGCUGUAUAUACAUAUAUAGCUCCAAUGUACCGCCGCAUAUAUUUAGGUGUCUGUGUAUAUAAAUAAUGAAUACACAUCACCUGUAACCACUCAGCUACAAUAUUAUAACUACUCUACUUUUUCAAAUGUAAUUUCUUUUUGUAAUGCUCAUUUGGCACAUCGUUUUCAGUAGAACACCAAAAUAAAACCAUAGUGUAAAAAAUUAUUUAUAAUCGUGAUACAUUCACCAUCGAAGUGUAAUAAUUAUAGGAUAAUUAUUGAGUGAGGUAAAAAGUAUAUAUUUUAAUGUAUAAAACAACGAUAACGACCACAAACUGACACGACACACAUAUCAUUUGAAUACAAUAUAUUUUUUACCUACCAACUCAAUAAAAAUCAUAAUUAWUUAUUUUUCUUCUUCUUUUUUUCUA